AUGAAUGAGGAACCUAGUAAUUUCGAGGCACAGGCCGUAGCGGGUCCUAGUGGAGAGGCACGCAAACGAAAACAAAGCUCUGUUAGUAGUACUACUAGCAGCUCUUCGAGUUCAUCCUCGUCGUCGGAUGACAGACGAAAGAACCGACGACGUAAGUAUAAGAAAAGCAAGCGAGCUAAACGUACAGACCCUCGGAUGGAUAAACUAUUGAAGGAAAUGGGUGAGCUAAGACAAAUUGUUUCUUUGAAUAAUAAUGAUAAAACAUGGCAAGAUAGUGUGUCAAUUUAUCCAGACCAAGAAGAGCUAUGCGAGCAACUCGAUUUUGAGCAUGACCGAGAUGACAAUAGUUUUUCUUUUGAAAUAGAAACUAAAUUAAAGGAACCUUCUGUUCCUAAAACCCCUGACAGUUAUUUAAAAAUGUUGUCGGAUGUCCAAAGAUUUGGUAGCACCUCAUGGUCUGAUGUAAGAUACGCUGAAACACAAAAACUCUAUAAUCAUACUCCAGGUUUCACAGACCUGGAAACAAAUGAUGAAGUUAAAAUGUUUGACAAUUUACGUCAUCUUGCGUAUGCCGAUAAAGCUUAUGCUGCUAUAACAUAUUGCAUACUAAAACAAAAAAUUUCACUACAGGAAGUUAUUCGAAAUCUUAUCUCUUGGGCAAAGAAUACUAAUUCGAUUAAUGUUGAUAAUUUAGGUGACAAGGUGGAUGAAUUAUUUUUAAAAGGGGACUUGUUUAAAAUUUCAUCCGACCUAUUACAAUUAGUAUGUGGCCAUAGGGCUGAAAGUAUUGAGAUGCGUCGUGAAACAAUCACAAGCCAGGUUCGCGACCCUUUAGUAAGAACAUCUCUGAAUAAAAUCCCACCAUCAACGACGCAUUUAUUUGAUUCUGAAGCAUUUUCUUUAGCCAUAGAAAAAUCUGGUGGGGUCCGCAAAGUUUUUUGGCCUCCAAAAAAUAGUGUACCUUCGCAAGCAAGGGUAACCCAAAUGAACCACCGCCCCUCGCGGGGGCAGAAUAUACGAAAAUCUAUAGUUCCAUCGCGUGGAGCUCAAUGUAAUUGCUAUGAACAAAAUAAUCAAACUACUAUGCACUUGCAUGAGGGUCAUUUCAAAACAGAGGCUCGCGGCCCGGUCGUGGAAGUAUUAGAGGCCGUGGAAAUUCUCGCGGAAUUACCAGAGGCGGACAUAAUUUCAAUAAAAAACAAUGACAUGAAACAAUUUCGAGCAGUAAGAGGAAUGGCUAGACCUGCAUCACGCACUGUAAUAGCAGGCUGGGUAAAAACUAUACUCCGAGAUGCUGGUAUCACAUCUACACCGGGAAGUGUUCGGUCUGCAGUCGCCUCUAAGAGUUGGUUGGAUAAUGCUUCUGUCGAUGAUAUCCUAGCUAGAGGCAAUUGGCGAUCAGCUAACACAUUUCAUAAAUUUUACAAACGUGAAGUAGUAAGAAACAUUGAAUCCAGAAAUGUAACACAAUUAUUUUCACCAAUAAAU